CCGGGCAGAGGAGCUGCUGAGCGGCCCGGAGAGUUCGUGCUGUGAGGGGCGGCUGGGGAGGGUGAGCGGGAGAAAAGGGAGCUCGGGGGAGACCUCCUCACUCUCUACAACUGCCUGGAGGAGACUGUGCCAGCUGGGGGCCGGCCUCUGCUCCCAGAGCGGGGAGCGGCGGCGGGGCAGCAUGCGGCCGCGGCGCGGGCGGCGCUGACGCGGGGAUGCUGCGCUGGGCCGUGCACCUGGAGGGCGGCCCCCGCAGGGUGAACCACGCCGCCGUGGCCGUGGGCCACAAGGUCUACUCCUUCGGCGGCUACUGCUCCGGGGAGGACUAUGAGACGCUGCGGCAGAUCGACGUGCACGUCUUCAACGCAGUGUCCCUGCGCUGGAUCAAGCUGCCUCCAGUGUGGACAAACAGCCGGGACCACGUGAGGGAGGUGCCCUACAUGAGGUACGGGCACUCGGCGGUGCUCAUCGACGACACCGUCUACAUCUGGGGCGGCCGCAACGACACCGAGGGAGCCUGCAACGUGCUCUACGCUUUCGAUGUCAACACGCACAAGUGGUUCACGCCCAAGGUGUCUGGAAUGGUGCCAGGAGCGCGGGACGGGCACUCAGCGUGUGUGCUGGCCAAGAGCAUGUUUAUCUUCGGAGGCUACGAACAGCUGGCUGACUGCUUUUCAAAUGAUAUCCACAAACUGGACACCACAAACAUGACGUGGACCUUAAUCUCUGCCAAGGGCACUCCAGCUCGCUGGAGAGACUUCCAUUCAGCUACCAUCAUUGGAACAAAGAUGUACGUGUUUGGUGGCAGAGCUGAUCGUUUUGGGCCCUUCCAUUCCAACAACGAGAUCUACUGUAACCGCAUCAAAGUGUUUGACACAGAAACCAACUCGUGGCUGGACUCCCCUCCCACUCCCGUGCUCCCCGAGGGCCGGCGCAGCCACUCAGCCUUCAGCUACAACGGGGAGCUCUAUGUCUUUGGUGGCUACAAUGCACGCCUGAACAGGCACUUCCAUGACCUCUGGAAAUUCAAUCCAGUUUCUCUUUCUUGGAGGAAGAUUGAACCCAAGGGAAAAGGGCCAUGCCCUCGCCGCCGGCAGUGCUGCUGCAGGGUGGGGGACAAGAUCAUCCUCUUCGGAGGCACCAGCCCAUCUCCGGAGGAGGGAAUGGGUGAUGAAUUCGACCUGAUGGAUCACUCGGAUCUCUACAUCCUCGACUUCAGCCCCAGUCUGAAGACGCUGUGUAAGCUGGCAGUGAUUCAGUACAGCCUGGACCAGUCCUGCCUUCCCCACGACAUCAGAUGGGAGCUCUCAGCCAUGACCACGAACAGCACCAUCAGCCGCCCCAUUGUCUCCAACCAGGGCUGAAGACAGCUCGUCCUUCUGCCACCCUGCCCUCACCCCUCCACAUACUGACCUCUUGCUCCACUGCCUGCAUGAAUUUUUAGCCCUUUCAAGCAAGGAAUGUGUGAGCUCGGUUUGUCUUGCCCUAGCUAGGCCUCCCUCUGCCCUUGUCACGCUUUGGGCAGCACGAGUGGACAGGCAGAGCUGGCCACUGGGGCAAAAACUGCCUGGCCCCAGCAGCACAGCCGUGACCCCUCUCCUCACCGGUGGCUCCAGAGCUUCCUUCCCUUUGCCUGUGGAACUGCAGCUGUGCUGUCCGGUGUGCGGCCGCUUUCCAAGGGCCUGAAUCAACUCUUCCCACCAGCCAUGGCCCUGGGGUUGAUGUCAGGGUCCACCUGAAGUGUUCCUGCAUUGCCUCAAGAGAGCAGAGCCUCCACUCCUGCUCCUGCCAGCACUGACACUUCCUGGCACGAAACGGCCGGCCCCAGCUGCAGGCUGAGCCCGGCGUGGGGCCCGGCUGGACACUGCCCAGCUCCCACUGUGAAACAGCAGCCGGGGGAGUUUUAUAAAUGCUGAGGCAGACGUGG